AUUAGGUACUCCGAUGCUGUUGGGUGGCCUCUUACGAUACUUCAAGCCAGAAAUUAAGAAAAACUAUACAACUGCGAUUUUAUACGCUACUGGCAUUUCAUUAGCAACUGCUAUAAAUGUAAUCUCGUUAAACCAAGCUAUAUAUGGAGCAUUUCACGUUGGUGGAAAAAUCAGGGUUGCAGUUUGUUCCUUAGUUUACAGAAAGGCUUUACGCUUAAGCAAGACAGCUUUGGGUGAAACAGCUCCAGGAAAAAUAGUCAAUUUAGUCGCCAAUGAUGUGAACAGAUUCGAUCUUGUCUCCAUCUUUAUACACCACAUGUGGUCAGCUCCACUGUCUGCCUUGAUCAUAGCAUAUUUUCUAUAUACUGAGGCAGGGUACGCGGGGCUCAUGGGUAUAGCUGCUGUCUUUGUAGUGGUACCUAUACAAUCAUAUACAGGAAAGUUAUCAUCAAAAUUUAGACUACAAACUGCGAUAAAAACUGAUGAAAGAGUACGUUUAAUGGAUGAAAUAAUCUCAGGAGUUCAAGUGAUAAAGAUGUACGCAUGGGAAAAACCUUUUUGCGCAAUGGUGGAACUUGCACGAAAAUUGGAGUUGCGUGUCGUUAUCAAAAGCUCAUAUAUUCGUGGUAUUUAUAUGACGUUUAACAUUUUCACAACGAGAAUGGCUCUUUACUGUACAUUGGUGUCAAUGUUACUUUUUAAAAAUCAUUUGUCAGCUGACAAUGUUUUCGUCUUCUCAUCAUAUUUUAAUAUAUUGGCUCAUACAAUGUCAGGAAUGUUCGUACGCGGUUUUGCUGAGAUUGCAGAAUGUUUAGUCGCUGUACGAAGACUCCAAUAUUUUUUGAUGUAUGAUGAAUAUCAAGGUGGAAAUAUAACUAAUUUUGCUACCAAAUUAUACAAUUCUAAUGGUACCAUAAAUACUGAUUCUAAACAAAGCUUGAAUAAAAUGCCUAAACCAGAAUUGCAUUACAUCGAUGACAAUGUGAAUGACAUUGAAGACAAUAUAGUUGAAAAUCAGAGCAAUCGACAUAUUCCUGAAGAACAGAGGAAAGCAAAUGGAUUAGCCACGCUCGCGGACGAUUUACUGAAAAAUACAGCCAGUCUUGUUAAUGGAAAGAAUAAUUGUGAAAAGGAAGAAAAAUCGUGGAUGGUUAAGUUGGAUAACGUAACUGCUAAAUGGGAGUCUGGCCAAUCAGAAAAUACUUUGGAUAACUUAAAUUUAAAAGUGGAAGAGGGAAAGCUGUAUGUGGUGAUUGGCAUGGUAGGAGCUGGAAAGAGUUCGUUACUCUCAGCAAUACUUGGAGAACUGCCGGUGGAAAAGGGUGAUAUUAAAGUAAAGGGUAAGAUCAGCUUUGCUGGUCAGGAAGCUUGGGUAUUUGGUGCUUCUGUUAGACAAAAUAUACUCUUUGGAGAACCAUAUGAACGUCAGCGUUAUCAGAAGGUUGUUAAAGCCUGCGCACUUCUGAGCGACUUCAAACAGUUUCCGCAAGGCGAUCAGACUAUCGUAGGCGAGAGAGGUAGCUCCUUAUCUGGUGGACAAAAAGCUAGAAUCAACUUAGCAAGAUCGGUAUACAGACAAGCUGAUAUUUAUUUAUUGGACGAUCCGCUAAGCGCCGUGGACACACAUGUUGGAAAGCACCUUUUCGAAGAAUGUCUACAACGAUAUUUAACAGGGAAAACCAGAAUAUUAGCAACGCAUCAACUCCAAUAUAUAAAAGGAGUUGAUACUAUACUUUUGCUGGAACAGGGCAAACUGCAACUGUUUCAUAAUUAUGUGAGUCUUCUAAAUGAACAUCCUGAAUAUGCGAGCCUUCUAGCAGCCGAUGAGGACGAAGGAGAAGUAGGCGAUGAUUCUUCGACUGAAAGAAGUGGUAUACGCCGACAAUUUUCCACAUCCAGUAAUAGGAGUCGAACAACUGAGAUCAGUGGUGGCGAUACCGACAUGGAGGACGAGGAUGACUAUCCUGAAAAGUUGAAUGGAAUGCUUGAAGUAACAUCACGGGGCACCAUCAGGGGCUCUGUUUUCCUCAAAUAUUUUCAAUCCGGUGCUAAUCUCUGCUUCGCCUUUACUGUUUUUCUUUUAUUUGUUCUUACUCAAGCAUUUGCCAGUCUAAAUGAUGCAUUUAUUCCUAUUUUGAUACGCGCAGAGGAAAGCCGCUAUUAUUCCUCGUCUACCAGUGAUAACACCAGCGCCUCGUAUAAUUCUACGGAUAUCAUGCGAACAAGUCAAUUGUCAGAGACAGCAUAUAUAUAUAUAUAUACAGGAAUAGUAAUAGCAAUUUUUUUUGUGGGCAUUACGAGAUCGAUUUCCUUUUACACGUUAUGCAUGCGUUGUAGUCAAAAGCUGCACGAUAGCAUGUUUCGUUCCUUGAUCAGAACAAGUAUGCGAUUUUUUGACGUAAAUCCGAGUGGUAGGAUUCUAAAUCGAUUUUCCAAAGAUAUGCUGGCCGUCGAUGAACUUCUUCCUAAAGCAAUGUUAGAUGCUGGCCAAGUUAUAAUGAUGAUGUUCGGAUCAUUGAUAGUCACUUGUACCGUCAAUCCUUUUUUCCUUAUUCCGAUAGUUAUCAUAGGCGGCAUCUUUCACUGGAUCCGAAAAGUUUAUCUUAAGACCAGCAAAAACAUUAAACGUCUCGAAGGAAUGACAAGAUCUCCAGUUUUUACACAUUUAAAUGCAACACUGAAUGGUUUGCCGACGAUUAGAGCGUAUGGGGCACAAGAGAUCCUUAAACAGGAGUUUGAUCGAUUUCAAGACGUCCAUACCUCUUCGUGGUACAUGUUCAUUGCAACAAGUACAGCCUUUGGCUUCUCUUUGGAUGUAUUUUGCCUGUUGUUUACAACUGUGGUUACCUACAGUUUUCUUCUGUUGGGAGGAGAUUUCUCCAGCGGUGAAGUUGGAUUGGCAAUAACUCAAGUAAUGGCCAUGACUGGAAUGAUACAGUGGGGAAUGCGUCAAAGUGCAGAAGUUACGAAUCAAAUGAUGGCAGUUGAAAGGAUACUUGAGUAUACACAGUUACCUCCAGAACCUAACCUAUGCGAUAAAGGCGACAGUUUUAGGAAAAUGAAAAAGGAUGAUUCAAAAGAGUAUAAUAGAGGUUCCUCGGUUUCACCGAAUUGGCCUACCGAAGGAUGUAUAAAAUUCACAAAUGUUUUCUUGCGUUACGCUGAUGGUGAACCACCUGUACUUAAAGGUCUUAAUUUCGUAAUACGUCCCACCGAAAAGGUAGGAAUUGUUGGCAGAACUGGUGCUGGUAAAUCUUCUCUAAUUUCGACACUUUUUCGCUUAGCAAAAGUUGAAGGAUUUGUAGAAAUAGAUUCUAUCGAUACAAGUUCAAUUUGCUUGGAAGAUUUACGUCAUCGUAUAUCUAUCAUUCCGCAAGAUCCUGUUUUGUUUUCCGGAACUCUUCGACGAAAUUUGGAUCCUUUUAAUGAAUUUUCGGAUCGCAGCUUAUGGGAAGUUCUUGAAGAGGUCGAACUGAAGGAGGCUGUAUUGGUUGGCAGUAAUGGACUAGACAGUCGAGUACUGGAUAGAGGAAGCAACUUCAGUGUUGGUCAAAGACAAUUAGUUUGUCUUGCAAGAGCUAUCUUAAGAAAUAACAAAGUGCUAAUGUUAGAUGAAGCUACUGCAAAUGUUGAUCCACAGACAGAUGCUCUCAUUCAGCACACAAUAAGAACAAAAUUUGCUUCUUGUACAGUUCUUACCAUUGCUCAUCGAUUGAAUACAAUUAUGGACAGUGACAAAGUUCUGGUAAUGGACAAAGGCCGACUGAUUGAAUUCGAUCAUCCAUACAUACUGCUACAAAAUGCAUACAGUCAAUUUAAUUCAUUGGUUAAGGAAACAGGACGCUCUAUGUAUGAGCAGUUGGUUAAAGUAGCGAAGCAAGCAUAUAUAGAGAAAUAUGGUGAACGAUAACCUAUGUAUGUUCAACAACAUGAGUGGAUCACUUGAGCCUUAUUGUUAUGUUAAGAUCUUACUUGAAAUUUUGUAGUUCACAUUAUGUUUAUGUAUGUUAAUGUGUCAAAAAGGGUAUAUUUUUAGAAUAUUGAAAUGAAAUGCAAUUCAUAAAUGGAAAAUGUUAUAGAAAGGUAAAUGAAAUGAGCUGCCUUUAUACUAGUAUAAAGAAUUGAUUGAAUAUUUAUUUUUUAUAAUACUUAUUUUAUUUACGAUUUCUUGACCUACAGAGAGAACUCGAUUGGCGGAAUCUCAACUUUCCUACAUUUAGUCUUGUAUCAGGCAUAAACGAAUAUGCCUAUAAUUGUAUAAUAUUCUACAGUUGACUGUCUAUAGAGGCGCUUCGUAUAACUGCGUUUCCCCUGAGCUCUCUCUCCAAGUACGCACAGUUAUGCGCGCGAGUCUCAUAUUUCUGGCUCUGUCUGACGCCCAUCUGUUAAAGUUGGGGUGCUCUGUAAUAUCGCACUCUGUCUAUCAUGGCGUGUCAAAGCCCCAGGUGCGCAACGAUACGAAGAGUCGACUGUACUUAUUAUACAAUUAGAACUGCAGGUUACGUUUUUACAAGAGCACGAUCGGAAAUCGCUUAUAAGUUCUAUGCCUUGCCAAUUCGCAAAAUGUAGAAGAUUAUGCUAAUCGUUCGAGUGUUAAUCAUACUACGUUAUUGGUAUUAAUUGUUGUAACUAUUUCACAUUCAAAUUGCUUUACUUGCUGAUAACUACUUCAUUCUCGAUACAUCUUAUGCGUCAAUAUACAGGGUUAUUCACGGUAUUCAGCUAAAAUUGGUCGUGAAUAGGUUGAAUUUCGUGAAUCAGAGCAGGGUGGUAUCAUUAAAGAAAUUAAAGUUAACGUCAUGACAUUGUUAAGAUCAUGAAUUUCACAUUCUUUCAUUUUUUUUUUAACAAGACCACACUGCUCCGAUUAAAAGAAUUGUUCAAUUGCGUCCAGCUUCAGCUUGUGCGUAUUUCGUGGAAAACUCUGUAUACGAAUCUGCAUUAUAUCCUGAUCCUGAUUCUAUUAAUAUGAGUUACUAUUAUCAAACAUGUUUGUAUUACUUGUACCCGAAUUGCGUGACAUGUACACCAAUAGGAAUUGGUGCUAAACAAUUUUGUCUUUCACGUUUUAAAUUGUAUAUUAUGAAUAAUAGUUCAUAAGACAUUAAUUGAAAUAAAGACUAUGAUUUUUAAUUUA